AUGCUCUACGCAUCACAAAGCAUGCUCCGGUACGCCAUCAGCGUCAUCAGCUUGUGUGCAUUAUCAAGCGUUCUCACUCCCGUCCAAGCUGCACCGGCGCCAUCCACAGUCCACUCAAGAGAACUCUUCAGCCAGCAAGUUUUAGCCACCAAUGGAGUCGGCCCAGCCCCAUACUACCGCAUCGUAGCUCUCGCAAAUCUAGGCAACGGCGUUAUUCUCGCCGCCUACGACGGACGACCUGAUGGAUCCGAUUCCCCAGCCCCAAAUUCCAUCAUACAACGCCGCAGCACAGACGGCGGCGACACAUGGGGCGCACCAACCUAUAUUGCACAAGGCCAGCCUGGGUCCACGGGCGUGCAGAAGUACGGCUUCAGCGACCCAAGCUAUGUCGUCGACCAAGACACUGGCAAGAUAUUCAACUUCCACGUCUUCUCCAAGAACGUGGGGUUUGGAAGCAGCGUGAUCGGAAACGACGAUGCGAAUCUAAAUGUAAUUAGCUCGGAGGUGUCGGUUUCGACUGAUGGGGGCGUGAGCUGGUCCACGGACCCCCAGAAUCAACCUAGCUUGCCACCGGCGGCUUCGAGUCUUAUUACCAAGGUAGUCAAGCCUCUGGGCCAUACGGUCAAUGGUGUAGCCAAUGUUGGUGGAGUGAUCGACAAGUUCGCAGCAUCAGGGGAAGGUAUUCAGCUCCGGUACGGUGCCCACGCCGGACGCCUCAUCCAGCAAUUUGUCGGUCGGGUCAUCCAGCCUAGUGGUAACAUCAUAUACCAAGCCUACAGUGUCUACAGUGAUGACGGCGGCAGCACAUGGCACAUGGGAUCGCCUGUGGGGGUUGGUAUGGAUGAGAACAAAGUCGUUGAGCUGUCCAACGGCAACGUCAUGCUGAAUUCCCGUCCAAGCGAUGGCAGUGGUUACCGCAAGGUCGCUAUUUCGACUGAUGGCGGCAUCACAUACUCUACCCCGAAGAGUGAAACACAGUUGCCAGACCCGGCGAACAACGGUGCUAUCAUUAGAAUGUACCCUGAUGCCGCGGAGGGCUCGGCAAAUGCAAAGAUCCUGCUAUUUACCAAUGCGAAUAGCCAGACUAGCAGGGUUCAAGGGAAAGCCCGGUAUUCGUGCAAUGAUGGGACGACGUGGUCCGCUGGCCGUGUGUUCCAGGCUGGUGCGAUGAGCUACUCGACUAUCACUGCGCUUGGUGGUGAUACGUUUGGGAUCUUUUAUGAGGGCCAGGGCAAUACGCUCAUAUUUGCCAAGGUUGAUAAGGCGUGGUUGGGGGUUUCGUGCUGA